GCGGCGCCAUUGAAAUGAACGCAGCUCCUGCAAAUUAGCUCUGCUAUCUAGCAUUUCGCCAUGCUUUUUGGAAGGGCCAUAGUUAAUAUCAUUGUUGCUGUCGUGUUAAUUUCUUUGCAGUUUGCAAGUUAGCUGGCUGACCAUGGUUUAAAAUAUCCUAAUGGCGUCUUAAACAGCUGUAACUAACGUUACCUGCGUGCUGCACCGUACCAUUCAUUACUCCACCAUUUUGGAAUGUACAGAGGAGGCCACGUUUUCAGACGGUUAGAACGAAUAGAUUUUAAACGGAGGCAAUUAUGGCAGAGGCCGACAGACCAGGGAAACUCUUCGUAGGAGGGCUGAAUACUGAAACCAACGAGAAGGCCCUUGAGCAGUACUUCAGCAAGUAUGGCAGAAUUGUGGAAGUGCUGUUGAUGAAAGACCGUGAGACGAACAAGUCCAGAGGUUUCGCUUUCGUAACGUUUGAGAGUCCAGCCGACGCAAAGGAUGCUGUUAGAGAAAUGCAUGGAAAGUCCCUCGAUGGUAAACCAAUCAAAGUGGAACAAGCAACAAAGCCCCAGUUUGAGUCCGGAGGACGUCGUGGCCCUCCACCCCUGCAUCCCCGCACCCGAGGCCCGUUCAGAGGCAUUCGAGGAUCCAGGGGAGGACCCAGUGGGAUGAGAGGCCCACCACCCAGAGGGAUUGUAGAACCUUUCAUUAAAGGAAUGUCACCCAGAGGCCCACCACCUAUGAAAAGAGGACCCCCACUUCGUGACGGAGGACCCCCACCUAAGAGACCUGCUCCAUCAGGACCAAUGGGCAGGCCUCCUAUGUCCCGUGAGAGGGAUCCUUAUGGGCGCCCUCCUCCUCGCAGAGAUGGCAUGAUGUCAAGGAGGGAUGACUAUCCUUCUCCAAGAGAUGACCAUUACAGCUCUAAAGACAGUUACUCCAGCCGUGACUACAUGAGUUCUAGGGACAGCCGAGACUACGAUCCACCCCCACGAGACUAUCCCUACCGCGACUAUCAGCACUCCAGCUCUCGUGAUGACUAUGGCUCCAUGUCGCGGGGCUAUAGUGACCGUGAUGGCUAUGGUGGAAGUCGUGAGCCACGGGGCUACAUGGAUCGCCCCAGUGCAGGCUCUUACAGAGAUCCUUACGACAGUUACGGUAACUCGCGCAGCGCUCCGCCCUCAAGGGGGCCACCGCCAUCCUACGGCGGAAGUGGCGGAAGCAGUCGUUAUGACGACUAUGGCAGCAGCUCCCGGGAUGGGUACGGUGGUCGCGACAGUUACCCUAGCAGUCGCAGCGACCCGUACUCUGCCAGCCAUGGCGAUCGAAUGGGCAGACAGGAGCGGGGGCCUCCCCCUCCAAUGGAAAGGGGCUACCCUCCACGCGACGCUUACAGCAGCUCGAGCCGCGGAGCACCCCGGGGAGGCGGCCGUGGAGGUGGUCGGGCUGAUAGGGGAAUCGCCCGCAGCAGAUACUGACAUGGGACUCGGAAAAUCAAACCAAUAAGAGGACAGUGAACUGUGCACAUAAAUUUUCCUGAGGCAGAGACGGAAUGUCAGACGGUGUUUGAAAUUUCCAUGGACAAGAUGAAACCUUUGCUCCCCUUUCACAUAAACCUUCAACGUUUCUAUGAAAUUAAGUGUCACGUUUUGUAUUUCUCCACUGCCCAUCUUCACAUCAAGUACUGUAGCCAUUUUAAGUGAUAGGUGUAUUUUUGUUCAAGUUAUGGCUUGCUGCAAGUCCCUGGAAUAACAUGCCUUUUCAUUUACUAAUAAAGUUUUUAAUGAACAAUCUUGAUCAAAGCUGGUGGAUGUUCAAGGAAAAAAAAGUGGCUAAUGCCAUGUAUAGGUUGUAUUUAUUCACAUUUAAAUUUCUCCUGUCUGAAAUGUUCCAGCCAUUAGCAAUAGUAAAAAUAAUUCAGGACCUUGAGGGUCUGUAGAUUCAAUAGACCUAGCAGUUUCUCUGUAGAAAAGCAAAUGUGUGUAUAUUUUUGUUCCUCUAAACUUUUCAGUAGUGCUCAAUGGUGAAAGACUUCAGUGUUAAGCCUUGAGUUUGGCUUACAUUGACCGAGGAAGAGAGGUGACCACUACAGAUAUGGAUCUUCAGGACCCAUCCAAUAAGAACAAAUUAACCGUCAAACCUAAAUGGCGGUAAAAUUAAGAAAAAUAAAACAGGCCAGUCUCCAGUUCCAACUGCUGCAAUUUUACAAAGGGAAACAAUAAGGCAAUACAUUUUCCCCUCUGCCAUAUCAAUUGAGUUGCUCAUGGAAACCAUAUAAGCAACAUGAAAGAGCUGUAAUGACUGAAACAGGAAUUUUACUUGUAUGUGCCAAUGGAAGCUCAUUAGUAGUCCAUCCGUAAUUAUCUCUAUCAGUAGUCCUUAUUCGUAAUGGAGUCCUUGUAAAUCCUCAACUCUGGCUUGCACUGACGAAGCAGAAGAGCCUGACAGCAAAACUAGAAGAGAAUCUUCAACACUCAUCUAAUAAAAACAAGUAACCCGUGUCAGCGGAUGGUAAGCAAAGCAAAGUUUUUGUCCAAACUUGAAAUGAGGUAAUUGACAAAAAUGCUAUUCUUGAUGGAAUGCAGAUUUCAGAAUUAAUCUGACAAGCAACAUCGUGUUUGAAAGCAAAAAUGCAGUUGUCCCACAUCACGGUUAACUACACAUAUUUGAAACCCUUACUGCCACCAGAUAAAUGGUAAUUUGAUUUACUAAAAGAACUCUGAAUUUAGUUUCUCACAUUGCCUUAGCUUCUGGAAAACAUGGAAGAAAACUGCAUGUCCAGAUUUAUGAAAGGAGAUCAAGCUGAAGGGGCAGGAUAUACUGAUGACGGACAAGCCAUAAGAAAUGGCAA